AUGACCAGGCCCAAGGGUUGCUGCCGUGUCUUGCACUUGCACGAGGACAACACCCGGUUCCUGCUACUGGGAAUCGUGAUGCUGAUAUAUAUGGCCGCGGGUGCGUGGGUGUUCCAGUGGCUCGAACACGAGAACGAGGACGUGGAUCGGGAACAUUACUGGCUGGUCCACAGACGGUUCAUGGACAAGUACAAUGGGACAGUGGAUCCGGCCGACGUGGAAGAAUUGCUCUGGGAAUAUGGCAAUGCUUCCGCCUCCGGCAUCAUUCAUAAGCGGCCUCGUUGGGACUAUUCCGGAGCUUUUUACUUCGUAGGAACUGUCGUCUCGACAAUUGGUUUUGGAAUGACAACGCCCAAAACACUUGCUGGUCGGAUUGUGGUGAUAUUCUAUGGAUUCCUGGGAUGUUCAGGAGCAAUUCUUUUCUUCAAUCUCUUCCUAGAACGGAUAAUCACUUUCUUAGCUUAUGUUCUGAGGCUUCUCCAUGAAAGAGAACUCAAGAGGAGAGGUUUCCACGGCAGGAGAGAUUCCCAAAUUUCCUUCGACGACAACCUGGAUCAGUGGAAGCCGUCGGUAUACUGGGUGAUGCUGUACCUAUUCAUCGCCACCAUCAGCAUCGCUGUCACUGCAUCGUUCCUGUACAGUCCCAUGGAGGGAUGGACAUACUUCGAAUCGCUUUACUUCUGCUUCGCGACCUUCUCCACCAUCGGGUUCGGGGACUAUGUGACUUCGCAGGAGGCCGCGUACCCCCACGUGGUCCUCUACCGGCUGGCCAACUUUGUGUUCAUCGUGUGCGGCUGCUGCUGCAUCUACAGCCUCUUCAACGUGACGUCCAUUGUGAUCAAACAGUUUCUGAACUGGCUCAUGAAGACACUAGACAUUCACUGCAAACCCAUGAAACCUCCUGGACAGAAGCAGUUGCUGGCGAGGGGACGAAGGAAUGCUAUCACGCCGGAUCAUCUCAGACACCAGGCUCGCAAGAUGGACAAAGGUAAAGACACGAGCGACGCCGAUUCGACGUACGACAGCGACGGCGACCGACGCAACUCUGGCGAGAUGAUCUCCAUGGCAGACCUGUUGCGAGCCAACAAGGUGUCCCUCGCCGUCAUGCAGAAAGAGCUCUACGAAUCCGCCCAGAAAGGUCAGAUAUAUUUGCCCUCACGAAUCGCUGCAGAGGAGAACAGUUUCAAGCCAGGGGCUGUUGGACCAUUGGCCAUCGUCAGCAAGAAGCUGGGAGAUGACGACACGUAG